AUGUCAAUGCCAAUUGCAACAGACUAUGCGCGGCAAUCAGCACUCAUGUCGGACGUCGACUCCCUCUCAAGCACUGACGACGAGAAGAGUGAUCACGAUGGCCAUAGACCAACACGUCGUGAAAUCAGCCAUACGCUUUCCCGUACAGCUAGCAGACGUACGGAUCAGGAUACUCUGACCCAGGAAAUAUCAAGACGACAAACCACACUCUCAAAAGUCCGCUCUCGACCACAUACAACCUUUAACCAUCCAUUGUCGCACAUCUCAACCAAAGAAGAUGUCCUUGUCGAUUUCGAUGGUCCCGAUGACCCCUACCGACCAAUCAAUUGGCCACUUAAGAAGAAGAGCAUGACCACCCUGUUGUAUGGCCUAGUAACCAUGUCUGCAACCUGGGCUUCCUCGUCUUACUCAGCUGGCACAUCACAGAUCGCAGCACAUUUCCACGUUGGUAGUGAAGUUGCCAUUCUCGGCACAACUCUUUACCUAAUGGGUUUCGGUAUUGGACCUCUUCUCUGGGCACCGUUGUCUGAAGUUUAUGGUCGCAAGCUCGCCGUUUUGUGUCCAAUGUUUGUCGCAAUAUGUUUCUCAUUUGGCAGUGCCACAGCCAAGGACUUUCAGACCUUAAUGCUGACACGGUUCUUCGGCGCAUUCUUCGCUUCCGCUCCUGUUACAAAUACUGGAGGCGUACUUGGAGAUCUCUUCACACCAACUCAGAGAGGAAUUGCAAUGGCCGGAUAUGCAAUGGCUGUAGUUGGUGGUCCAGUCCUCGGUCCUAUCGUGAGCGCUGCAGUUGUGAUUCAACCGAGUCUUGGAUGGAGGUGGACAGAGUACCUCACAGGUAUUUUGCAGGUCGUUGUCACACUGCUAGCAUUGAUCUUCAUUGAUGAAUCAUAUCCACCUAGACUUCUUGUCUACAAAGCAAGACGUCUCAGACAUGAAACAGGCAAUUGGGCCCUUCACGCCAAAUUCGAGGAGUGGGACAUCAGUAUCAGUGGACUUGCACACAAAUUUUUGGUGAGACCAAUACAACUUCUCACAACACCAAUCUGCUUCCUCAUCGCGUUGUAUGCCUCAUUCUGCUAUGGAAUGUUAUACAUGCAGCUAGGUGCCAUACCAAUCAUCUUCGGGGAGAUUCGUGGAUGGUCUAUGCUCAGAGCUGAACUGCCUUUCCUGUCUUUGCUCAUCGGCGCCAUCCUAGGAUGUGGUGCGAAUGUGUACAAUCAGACUCUGUACAAUAAAGCCUAUCAUGCAGCAGGUGACAGAGCAGUACCGGAGAAGCGGUUACCUCCCAUGAUGGUUGGGAGUGUCAUUUUUGCUGCCGGGCAAUUCAUCACUGGUUGGACCGGUGACAUUGUUUCCAUCAAUUGGGCAGUACCAUGUCUUGGAACUCUCAUGCUGGGUGUUGGUUUCUUCACGAUAUUCCAGGCUGCGCUAAAUUAUCUCGUUGACGCAUUUUCAACGUAUGCGGCCAGUGCAGUUGCUGCUAAUACGUUCCUGCGAAGUUGUUUUGCUGCAGCGUUCCCGCUGAUUGUUGGGCCUAUGUAUCAUGAUAUUGGGACUGGUCCAAGUAGUUCCAUAACAGGAGGAUUCUCGGCCUUGUUAAUACCAGUACCGUUUGUGUUCUACAUCUUCGGUAAGAGGAUCAGAGCGAGUAGUAAGUGGAGUAAGCAGAGUGUUUACUGA